AUGUCUAGUCAGCGUCUUGUCCUAGGCCUCCCACGUGUCUUGCCGUCGCUGCCGCCUUCGUUUGCGCCGCCGUGUCGUCCCUGCGUCGAGGGUAGGCUGCGCGCCACCCCUCACUCCUCCUCCCUUCGUCCGGCCACCGAGCCUUUUGAGACGCUUCGCUUGGACGUCUGGGGCCCCGCCCCUCGUCUAGGCCCUGAGCGUGAGCGUUACUUUCUGGUGGUCGUUGACGACUUCUCCCGCUACACCACAGUGUUCCCUCUGGCGAAGAAGUCUGAGGUGACUUCUACGCUGAUUAGGUGGUUGCUCACCACCGAGGACACUCGUGGUCGUCGUGUCAGCUGUCUCCACUCCGACCGUGGGGGUGAGUUUCGCUCCGGCAUUCUCGCUGGAUUCUGUCGCGAGCAGGGCAUUCGUCAGUCCUGGACGCUUCCAGAGUCCCCACAGCAGAAUGGGGUUGCUGAGCGCCGCAUAGGCAUGGUCAUGGAGAUCGCCCGCACCUCCCUGACUCACGCCUGUGCCCCCCAUUUUCUGUGGCCCUACGCGGUCAGGUACGCCGCGCACCAGCUGAACCUCUGGCCACGUGUCUCUCGACCAGAGGUUUCACCGACCAGUCUUUGGACAGGGUCCCCUGGUGUUGCGUCGCGGUUUCGUGUCUGGGGGUGCUUGGCUCUUGUCCGCGACACCUCCGCGGACAAGCUCUCGCCUCGUGCCGUCCCCUGUGUCUUCCUUGGUUUCCUUGAGGACUCCUCUGACUUCACCUUUUACCACCCUCCCUCUCACCGGUUCUUUGACUCCCGUGACGUCCGUUUCGAGGAGUCCACUCCGUACUACGUCAGGUGUGUCCCAGGCUACCCCUCCUCCUUCGGUAGCCCCUCCGGUACAGCCUCCCUCCCCACAGUCCUCCUCGCAGCGUGCCGCUGGUGCUAG